UCCCAACUCAUAUCAGUGUCAAGCAAAAGCCAACAGCAUCCUAUUCCUACCUACGAUCCGAUAGACCGAUACAGAAUCUUCCCCCAGCCACAAACCAAAGCAACACCGACAAUGUCGAUCGUGAGGCGUAGCAACGUGUUCGACCCAUUCGCCGACCUUUGGGCUGACCCCUUCGACACCUUCCGCUCCAUCAUCCCGGCGAUCUCAGGCAACAACAGCGAGACAGCCGCGUUUGCGAACGCCCGGAUGGACUGGAAGGAGACCCCCGAGGCGCACGUCUUCAAGGCCGACCUCCCCGGCGUGAAGAAGGAGGAGGUCAAGGUGGAGGUGGAGGACGGCAACGUGCUCGUCGUCAGCGGCGAGCGCACAAAGGAGAAGGAGGACAAGAACGACAAGUGGCACCGCGUGGAGCGCAGCAGCGGCAAGUUCGUCAGGCGCUUCCGGCUGCCGGAGGACGCCAAGGUGGAGGAGGUGAAGGCCGGGCUGGAGAACGGUGUGCUCACCGUCACCGUGCCCAAGGCCCAGGUCAAGAAGCCCGAGGUGAAGGCCAUCCAGAUCUCCGGCUGAGUAUUCGAGUCAGAGCCAGUGUGGUUCAUGUGCGUGCGAGUUCUGCAGCCUAAAAGUAUGCUACAGUUGUGUCUUUGUUCUUGCCGAGUCUGGUCUCUGUAUUGCGUUUCUUUUCCCUGUCGUAUCUGUACUUGUGUAAUCGCCUACAGAUUUGGCGAUGAAUAAAUGAGAAAUAAAUCGUUCUGAUUUUGAGUGCA